AUGCGGUCUGCGAAAGCCGUCAUUUCAGAAAAACUUGCCCGCCUUGGUUCUACUACCAACAUGUCGUACAGCACAGGAAGCGGGAUUCAUCGGCCGCCGCAUACCAUCACCUCACUACGGCGCUGGUCUAUUGUGAAUAAGGAGCUCCCAGCUGUUUCUCAGAUUCGCGCUAUUCACGUCUACGAUUUCGACAACACCUUAUUUCUAAGUCCUCUACCAAACCCGCAAUUAUGGCAUGGGUCGUCCGUCGGUUUCCUUCAAACCAAUGAUAGUUUCGCAACUGGAGGAUGGUGGCACGACCCCAACAUUCUCUGCGCUACAGGAAAGGGCUUGGAGGUAGAAGAGCCUCGCAAAUGGGAAGGCUGGUGGAAUGAGCAAAUUCUUAGUUUGGUUAGGAAUAGCAUGGAGCAGAAAGAUGCACUCACGGUGUUGCUGACCGGUCGAAGUGAGGCUGGCUUUUCAGACAUCAUCAAGCGGAUGGUCGCUAGUCAGAAACUUGAGUUUGACCUCAUUGGUCUCAAGCCUGAAGUUGGUCCAAAUGGUCAACGGUUUGCGACGACAAUGGCCUUCAAACAGAACUUUCUUGGGGAUCUUGUUUUCACUUACGAGCAGGCUGCGGAAAUCCGUGUCUACGAGGACCGUGUCAGGCAUGUGAAAGGGUUCCGAGACUUCUUCGAGGAUCUGAACAGAGAACUUCAAAAUGGACCCGCUACCGAACGGAUGCCCAUCCUUGCUGAAGUCAUCCAGGUAACUGAGGGCUGCACAUACCUUGACCCCGUAACUGAGACUGCCGAGGUGCAGCGCAUGGUCAAUGCCCACAAUCUCACACUACGCAACCCUGCUUUGAACGUAACCAAGAGCCGCUGUGGGCGGAUGUAUAUCAAGCGGGUCGUUUUCUACACGGGAUAUCUGGUUACUCCAGAGGUUUCAAACAGCAUGACACAGAAUUUGCUGGCUCCACUGCUCCCCCCGGGACUUGCUGAAUCAAAUGACCUGAAGUACAUGGCUAACAGCAUCCUAAUCACCCCACGCCCAGCACCCCGUUCAAUCCUUGACAAGGUUGGAGGUAUGGGCAAGAAACUAAAGUGGCAGGUUACCGGUACCGGAAACCUGGAGAACAAGAUAUGGGCGGCCCGCGUGGCGCCUAUUCCAGCGACAGAACCUUAUCACACGGAAAACCCACUGCCAAUUGUAGUACUGGCUGUUCGCAAAGGUGCUCGUCUCAUUGAUGCAGGGAAGAUCCAAAACUGGCAUCCCAUUCCGGCUGAUAAGGCCAUGACCUUUGAUAGUGUGGUCGGCGAGAAGGUUGUCCUACGAGUUGAAGACAGUGGAGAACAUCGUCAAGGAGAGCAGCACAUGAACAGGAGUCAAAAGCGACGCUUCCAGCAGGAGGAGGAUGCUGUCAAUUGGCCAAAUCAAAACACUGGCUUCGAUACCCCAUCUCAUGGCCGCGGCAACUACCACUCCUCUCAGCGCGGCGGAGGUGACAGCCGUCCCCAAUAUGAUGAUAGUCCGCGAGGAAGAGGAGCUCAUCGUGGUCGUGGCCGAGGUAUCGGACGCGGGCGCGGUAACAACACUCGAGGCCGUGGCCGAGGUCGUGGUCGAGGUGAAUACUACCAGUACAGGUCGCUGGAUGACCAUAGCAGUGGAUACGAUGGGGCACACGACGGCAAGAACGGGCACAGUGGUGGCGGAGGUGCAGGAAGAGGAGGUUACUCCAUGGACUAUUGA